GCAGUCUUCGCGUUUCGGUGGCCGCGAUACGGUUAAUGUGGGCCUAGUUACCGGAAGCCAGUCCAUAAUCUUCGAGCCUCACGCCUCCUGGCCUUUCAGCUCCAGACCCUGGGGCUGCCCGGCCUCUGAGAGGGGUCUACUUACCUUCAUUUCCUCCAAAAUAUUUUACGCAGAUAAUUUAACCUAGCUGUCCCACAACAAGUCCAGGCUCACCUACCCAGUUCCUGAUAAGGACAGAGACCUCAACAACUUCUCUGGCUCAGAUUUCUCAAGGGAGGGAUAAAAUGAGUAAGAGGAAGAGGCUUCGGACUUCAGGAGAAGGAGUCCGUCCACCGAAACCACCGAAGAACACAAGACUCAGAGACUCUGAAGGGGCCCGCCACAGUUUCCAGUUGGGCCCUUUGCAUCACCCUGAAGAGUCAGAAGGCAGGUCAGGACCUCCUCCCUCUAUAGAGCAGAGUGGGGAGGAGCCAGGACAGGUGGCCUCCAGCUCUCUGGAUAAGGAAGCCGAAGCUCCCUCCAGGCUCCUCGCACAACCAGAAAAGGAGCCAGUUGCCUGUCCUCCUUCCCAGAACUCAGUUGGGAGAUUUGUUCCCCAGUUUGCAAAACCCAGGAGAGCAGUGACGAGACUAACAGCUACAAGGGAAGAGGACCUCGGGAGUGGCGCCUUUAGCUUGGAAACAUCACCAGAGCCCAGUGCCCAGCAGGCAGGAAGCCAGUCAUGGGAGGAGUCCCCUGGGCUCACUGUCUGGGAGGCCAGGGUGCCAGGAGGCCAGACCCAGGCAGACGGCACCCACUCCAAGCACAGCGUCCAAAACCCUGUAAUACCUGUGUCCAGCAAGGGGGAUUCUCAGUCUGAGGUCCUCAGUGAUGUUUCUCCAGAAUGGGGGAUGGUGCCCUUGGCCUCAGAGAGAGCCAGCCAGAACUACCUAUUGGAGCAAGGGAUAAACUUGCCAGGUGGUGGAGGCAUAGAGGCGGGUGGGAUUCCAGGUGACCUCAGCCAGAAAGGGCACCUACCAAGCAAUGGUGCUGAAGAGCAGGAGCCCGACCUAGGAGCCCCACAGGAGGAAGGUGCCCAAGGAGGAGCAGGGGUUGAGCAGGAGAAAGGAGAGAGUGCCCUAGGCCUGGCCACUCAGGACUUAGAGCCUGGAUCUGCAGCCCAGGUCCCCACUGACCCCAUGCAGACACUCAGCAGGGCUGGCAGGGAAGCAGAAGGGAGCUGUAGCAGCCCAAGACACCCCUCCCUUAGGAUCACUGUCACAACAGAUGUGACCACAGAUCCCACUGGCCCAGAACAGAGGGCUCUGGAGGUGGCUGGGCCAGGUGGGAAGGCUGACAAUAGGGCAUCUGCCUCUCCCAACAGGAAGGCCCCUGAUGGAGGCCAUAGUGGGGCCCUGCUCAGAGGCACACCUCUCACCAGGGAGACCACAGGAGGCAGAGGGGAGGCAGAACAGGAAGCUGAGCCCCCUGGUGAUGUCCUGGGCAGCCCUGCAGCCUCCCUGGCUCGGGCUUAUGUGAUCCAGGAGCCCACAAUUUGUGCUAGAGAUUCCAGUCCUGUAGCCUCAGAAAUGGGCCCAGUUGUUGAUCAGACAGGCCAGGAUCAAGAAGGGCUGGGAAGUAUGUGUGCACUGCCUUUGCUAUCACAGACUUUGGGUGAAAAGGCAGCAGAGUUAGGUAGCCACAGCCGUGAACAAGACCUUGGGGGGCUCAGUCUGUGCCUUGGAGCCUCUGCUCCAUUGCACAGAGAAGCAGGGGAUGGUCCUCCCCGGGAUGCCAGGGCCCACCAGGGUGGCCCAGGUGCCCCCACAGGCCCAGCAGGCCAGCCCAAGCACACUCCUGACUCUGCAGACCAGGCCAUGUUAGAGGGGUUCCCAACCAUGGAACUCGACUUCCUGCCAGACAGCCAGAUAAAGGAUGCCCUGGAAGCCACCAACUUUGGAGCACCAAAUGAGCAGUUUCCUGCAGGGAGCAUGGAGGGCCCUUGCUGGCCUGGCACCAGCCUAGGUACUGAUGGAAGCCCCCUCACCAUGGCCCAGCCAAGGCCGGUAAGGAAGCUGAGCCCUGUCUUCCCAACUGCAUGUGUCUCUGGCUCCCCGCAAGUGGAAAACUGGUGAGCAGCCAUCUGUCCCCAAACAAGAGUCUCUUCCCAGGAGCCCCAGGGUUGUGUCCCUGGUUCUACGGGUUGUUUGGGUUCGGUAUGUGCAUUUUUCUGAAGAGGGGGUCCAGAACUUUCCCAGAGUCUCCUCAGAGUGGGAUGGCUAAGAACCACUGGCCUGGUAGAUCUUGGGUGGUCCCAGGUUGGGCACAGAGUGGGCUCUCCAGGACUUCUGACCUGUCCUGUGUCCUCACUUCCCACUUGGCUCUGUGCCCCGGAACAGGCCACUUUCUCUCUCCUGCAGGCCACCAGGUGCACCAUCCCUCUACCUGAGGAGUGUGUAUGUGUGAGGGAGGGUUAGGGGUGUCCUCUCCCCUUACCCCCAGAGCCUCCCUCAGUCCAUCACUUCCGUCCUGUCCUUUCUGCCAGCCCUGCGAGGGGCAAGCACUGGGCACCAUCCUCUCCUGUAACCUCCUACUGGAACAGGCAUCUCUAUAGAGGCGGUGCCUUAUCAAUUAUUUGUAGUAAAGUUUCUGUUUCUGUCUAGCAAGCAUGGAGGAGGGGCUAGGGGGUGCAGCCCUUGAGAAGGUUUUCUGUUUCUCCUCAAGAUGUGAGGUAUAGUGUUUUUACCUUCUUCCCUUGCACUCGUCACUAGUACCUGUUGCACCACUUGAACACACACACACACUGCACAAGGACCAGGGGCAGUUUUGUGAAAGUAGCCCUACCACUGUUUGAGCAAAGAGGAGGGGGAGUCAUGUCUGAAUCUCUGAUGGCCUCGCUGGGCCAUCGUGAUCCCACGUGGACAUCUGGAAGACUCCCAGGGCAGGCCCUGGGGUCAAUGGCUCAUGGUGAGUAAGACACAAAAGAAGCUAAGGCCAGGGUCAGCCAGGCAUCUUGGGUGACCGAAGCAGGUGGAGUGGAACUAGAGAUUCCGUGGUGACAGCCCGGGAGGUUCUGCCAAGUCAAGGGUGUAGUAGGCUUUAUGAAGCGCUAUUGACCAGAGGCCAGAGGAUGACCCUCUGCCAGCACCCACUGGAUCUAACAUGUGUGGCCUGUGGGUGCUGUGGUGCAGCCACUCCUCCCACAGAUGCUCACGCCAUCCUGUGCUGGCUCUCUCAGGAACCGCUCUGGGCACAGGGCAGGUCACGUGGGACAGGAUGCAGCACGAGGCUAGGAUCUAGUGUGUGUUGGGCGGGGCAGGCAGGGAGGGAGACAAAAAAAUUAGAAGGCAGAGUGUUAGGGACAGAAAGACAGUGGGGAAGGGGUUAAAAUUUUAACUCGCUGAUCAGGGAAGUCCAGCUCCCCCACCCCUCAAGGAGGAGACAUUUGGGAAAGAACAUUCCAGCACCCCAAGAGGUGCUCAAGGAAAGGCCAGGAACUCAGUGUGGCCGGAGCAGGGGGGAGGGGGACUAGAAGGAAGAGAUGGGGUCUGGAGAUCCAGCAGACGGCUCAUUAAGCCAAGUCUCCAUUUUCACAGCUCUCCACCCCUUGCUGCACGGGAGGCUGUAGGGGCAGGAGCUGGGGAUCCAGGGAGCUUGUGGCAAUAGCUCCUCAAGGGUGGCUGUGCUGGGGAGAAGAGGGGGCUGGACUCUGGGUGUGCUUUUGGCAGUUGAUCCAGCUGGAUUGGCCAUAAGAGCUCUGCCCAUGUUGCUCAGUAUCUGGAAAAGCAGACAGCUGAGGGCCCAGCAGAAGCCCCCGAAUGGUGUUCGAUGGAGCUGUCUGCUGAGGUCAGGCCUCUU